CGCAUGUCAAAACGACCAGAUUUAGCAAAAUGGACUACAGGAAGGAAAGAGAAACAUAUGGAGGGCACUGUUGUACGGUUAAACUAAAUGGGACGGUGGCAACUAGGUGUACUUUAAUUAUUAAUACUGACCAUCACUUGCUGGUGAAUUUAUUUAUAUAAAAAACAAAAGAUAUGAUUCGCCAAUCCCUUUCCGUGGAAACUUUAAACCAAGCCUUACACAGAGAUGUUCAACCAACAUCAGAUUGUAUGAAAUAUGAAUGGAUGAGACUAGGAUCGUUCAAAUCAUGUCCUAGACAAUCUGAAGGAAGACCAAUAAAAUUAGCUAAAGCUGGAUUUGUUUUUACUGGUACCAGAGAAGGAGAUGAUACUGUCACGUGUUUUACUUGUGGUGUUACUAAAAAUAACUGGUUGAAAUAUGAAGACCCACUCCAAGUUCACAAAGAUCUAAAUCCAAGAUGUCAUUUUAUAAAUAAUAAAUCUGAAAACUUUCCGAUUUUAAUACCUGAACCAAUCGUAUAUGAUAAAAUAUUGAGGACAUUGCAUGAAAUUUACCGUAGCAAGGAAGAUAUUGAAAUGGGAGUAACAGGUGGAUAUAGCGCAACAAAUGAUACAUCUAGCUUUGAUUCGCUAAAGUUGGAUUCCGGUAGUUUGACCAAUUACGGCGAUACGUCUAAUACAACACUCAAGAAAACAAUAAAGAAACAAGGAAUAAAUGGAUAUACCCGUAGUCAGGAUCCUGAAAGUAGAUCUUUAGUCACUAGAUCUGCCAGUGAUGUCCUAGUAGAUAACAUAGCCAGACAGACUAUGACAGCAGAAGAAGCAAGACUUAGAACAUUUGGAAACUGGCCAAGAUAUUUAGCUGUUAGACCUGCUGAACUAGCACGAGCAGGUUUUUACUAUCUUGGUUCCGCUGAUCGAGUACAAUGUGCCUUCUGUAGAGGUAUUUUAAGAGAUUGGGAAGAAGCAGAAAGUCCAGUAGCUGAACACUGGAGAUAUUUUUCUAGUUGUGAAUUCUUGAGAGGAACGGGCCGAUCUAAUGUUCCUAUUAUACCAAAUGAUAGUUGUAUACAUGAUUAUGUAUCAACCCAUCCUCUGAGUCCUACUGAUGAAGAAGAUCUUAGAGGAGAUCUCAAUCCACGGUCAACUAUCUUAAAUAAUGGGAAUUUAAAUCUAGUUCAAAGAGAUGACCCAGCAACUGCUAAAGAUUUAGGUAUCAUUACCCAAACAGCUGCCCAGCCAGAUAAAGCUAUACUCGCUACUCGCGUGGCAACAUUUGCCAACUGGCCGAGAAGAUCGCCAUUGCCAAGCAAAGAACAAAUUGCUGAAGCAGGAUUUUAUUAUUUUGACAGAGAAGAUGCUGUAAAAUGUUUUUUCUGUGGUGGUGUUUUAAAAUCCUGGACAGAUGACGAUAUCCCAUGGAAUGAACAUGCAAAAUGGUUUCCUAAAUGUCCAUAUUUACUGAGAAUCAAAGGUGAAGACUUUGUGAACUCUAUACAUCAUCCUGGUGCCGGUACGACAAAGGUCAGAACAACUGUAGGUGCAGAAGAUCCCUAUUUCGAGUCUAAAGAGUUAGUCAAUUCUUCACAACACAGCCUAAUCAAAUUAAUGUCGAGAGACGACAAUAAUAAUGAAAAUCCUUUUCAAGAGAAAUCAUCAGUAGAUGGUGAUGAACGAGCCAUUGUUGGUGCUUUCUUUAAUGAGCAGUCAAGAAGUACUCGUCGAAACGAAGGUGCUUCUGUAUCAUCCAAGAGCAAGAGUAAUGAUAAUGUGAUCGAUGUUACUGCAGGUCGUCCUAUGGUGCCUCGGAAAAGAAUUUCUUCCAAUGCCACGGGUGAAAACACAGGUGAUGUUAAAGAUUUGCACAAGGUCACCUGUUACACUGCUGCUAGCCGAUUAAUGUCCAUGUGCUUUAAUCCCAUUAAAUCAAGGUUAUACAUGUCAUGUGAAAAAAUUAUUGAGUACAUAGACAAAAAGGAUUAAUUAAAUUUUAAAUUAAAUGAUGA